GGCCCCCUCCUCAAUUAACCGUUACUCAUUAAGGCCCCCUCCUCAAUUAACCAUUACUCAUUAAGGCCCCUCCUUCAUUAGCCCGCGCUGCACAGCGCCGCCAUGCGCCUCACUCGCUUCCAGGCCGCCCUGGCGGCCGCCAUCGCGCUCCACCUCCUCCUCGCCCUCGCGCUCUCUUUGCCCCGCCUCCUCCCUGUGGCCCCGCCCCCCGCUGUGGCCCCGCCCCCCCCCCCCCCCCCCCCCCCCCCGGGGUCACCGUUUUGCUUCGGGACUUCGAGGACUUCGCUCACGAUCUGCCCGGCACCUCGCGCUCCUUCUCGUCCCUCCGCGUCCCCGUCGUGGUGGCGGCCGACCCCGCUUUACCCCCCGGUUCCGCUCCCCGCCGGUGUCCGCACGCUCAUCCUCGGCCGCUCUCCUCUCCUCCCCCCUCCCAAACUCGAGCUCCACAUCCGCACCCGUCACGUCGCCCUCAUCCCCGACGGCGCCCGAGCGGCUCCCGGCAUCCUGGACUCCAUGGUGGCGGCCCUGGACGCCGACACCCGCGUGGUUCUGGCCCCGGUGGGUCCGACGCCGCUGCGCUGCGUGGGGCUGGACGUGGAUCUGCGCCGCUGGACGCUGCGCUACGGGGCCGAGCGGGGCUGCGGGGCGGCGGCGGGGGCGGCGGCGCUGCUGCUGCGCUCCGAGGACCUUUUCGGCCUCUCGUUCCCGACUCAGCGCCCCCUGGACCUCGCCAUCUUCGUGCAGGCGGCGCUGCGAGGCUGGCGGCUCCGCGUCCUCGGCCGCGGUUUCCCCUCGGCUCCGUCUCCCCUGGGUUCGGCCCACGAGGUGUGGAAGGCGCAGAACCUGCGGGAGCGGCGGCGCCGGAGGCUGAUGGAGGAGUUCGGCAUCAAGCUGGAGGUGCUGGAGGACGGCACGCGGCGCUGGUACGGCUGCGGCAAGGAGACGGAGCGCUGCUUCGGCACCGUGCGCGCCCGCACGCCGCAGUACCUGGUGCAGGGCCGCUGGACGCCGCCGUGCUGCCUGAAGGCGCUGAGGGAGACGGCCAAACACGUGGUGGCGGUGCUGGAGAGCUGCGGCGUGCGGUACUGGCUGGAAGGGGGGUCCCUGCUGGGAGCCGUGCGGCUGCGGGACGUCAUCCCGUGGGACUACGACGUGGAUCUCGGCAUCUACCGGGACGACGCGGCCAAGUGCCGCUGGCUGCGGGCGGCGCAGAGCGGCGCCGCCGAGGACGACGAGGGCUUCGUGUGGGAGAAGGCGGCCGAGGGCGAUUUCUACCGCGUGCAUUACAGCCGCAGCAACCGGCUGCACGUCGACCUGUGGCCCUUCUUCCCCCGCGCCGGGGUGAUGACCAAGGCCACGUGGCUCGGCCACCCGCAGGACGUGGAGUUCCCCGAGCGCUUCCUGCUGCCCACCGUGCCGCUGCCUUUCGCCGGUUUCACCGCCAUGGGGCCCAACAACCCCCGCGAGUUCCUGGAGCUCAAAUUCGGGCCCGGGGUGGUGGAGGAACCCGAAUAUCCCAACCCCGCCGUCCUCAGCCUGCGGCGAGGGCAGCCGCCCCAAUAAAGCCCUGCGGCGCCGCCGUCUGCCUGCGUCCCCUCCUGGGCUCCCCCGCGCCAAACCACCGCUGCCCCCGUGGGUCUGCAUCCGCUUUUGGGGUCCCUUGGGUCACCCAUCAGGUCCUCGUUGACCCCC